AUGAAGACAAGUAAAUCUUGUGAUGUGAUUGCUCGAGAUUACGUUUCACCGCUUCUCGAAGAAAACGUCGUUUUGGAAAGAAAUGUUGGAUCAUUUUCACUUAAGCGGGUGAUGUACUUAUUGCUCAAUUUGGUUCCGUACGGUGGCUUUCUUUCGACAGUAUUCAAUCUCGCUAGUGCUACUCUUGGAGCUGGUGUUAUUAGUUUGCCUUCAGCGUUUAACUAUUGUGGUGUUAUUUUUUCAUUAAUACUUUUGCUUAUGGUCACAUUAGCUACAAUUUAUGCUAUACGAUUACUUGUUGAGACACGUGAGUUGACUGGUCUUAAUUCGUAUGAAGCUAUGGCAAAAGAUUUUUUUGGUCAGGGAUGGGACUUGAUAACAGCCGGACUGAUGUGGCUGUUUACAUUCGGAACCUGUGUUGCGUAUAUAAUUUCUAUCGGUGAUAUUCUAAAUGCUGCCUUCACUACUGAGUCUUUUCCGCCUUUCCUACGUACGACAGGGGGUAAAAGAAUCGUUAAUAUUAUCAUCUGGCUAAUAGGUAUGUUUACAAUGUCUUUACCAAAGCGUAUUAAUUCUUUGCGAUAUGUAUCGGUGAUAGCGAUUUUUAGUAUACUUUUCUUCGUUUCUUGUAUUGUUGUACAUUCCCUACAGAACGGUCUAAAAAAUGGCAAAUUAAGAGAUGAUGUUAAACUUUGGAAUAAAGAUAAUUCAGCAAUACAAGGACUUUCUCUCUUUAUGUUCGCAUACUUGUGUCAAGUAAACUGCCUUGAGAUUUAUGAUGAAAUGGUAAGACCAACAGUAAAUAAAAUGACUUUCUACGCAACAUUUAGCAUGUCAUUUUGUUUAAUUGUCUAUGUCAUUUCGGGUUUUUUUGGUUACGCCGAUUUCGGUUCAGAGGCAACUAAGAGUCUCUUACUCCUUUAUGAUGUCAGUAAUAAUGUUCUUCUUUCUGUGUCUUUCAUUGGAAUGGUAAUAAAGCUCUGCGUCGGUUUCGCCCUCAGCAUUCAACCUGCACGAGAUUCGUGCUAUUACAUUCUUCAUUGGGAAAUUAAUACACUUCCAAGGUGGAAACACAUAACGUUUUGCGGGACAAUGUCAUUUUUAGCUCUUGUACUGGGACUGUUUAUUCCAUCAGUAAAUAAAGUUUUUGGAUUUCUCGGUAGUCUAUGUGGGGGUCUCCUCGGGUUUUCUUUGCCCGCUCUUUACCGCAUGUACUGUGGGAACUGGGGGCUGACACAGGUGGGGGUGGUGAAUUAUGUGUGCACAUAUAUCCUCCUCAUUGCCGGGGUCGUUGCAGUUGUGUUUGGUACAGGAGCAUCUAUUUACGGAGUGGUUGUGUAG